AUGUCCGCCGCUGUACGAGCAGCAACUGCUUCAAACGCUCGUAUUCUAUCUUCUUUAAAACCACCUCCAAAUGUUGUCGUCGUUGGUGGUACAUCAGGUAUUGGUCGAGCAAUAGCUCUUUCAAUAGCUCGACAUUGUCCAUCUGCUAGUAUAACCAUUGUUGGACGAAAUGAAUCGGCUGCUAAUGCUAUCCUAUCACAAUUAGGUUCAAAUCCAAAAUUUAUUCGUGCUGAUGUCUCACUCAUGUCUGAAAUUCGAGCAGUAACAAAGAAGAUUAAUGCAGUUGACAUGCUGAUUUUAACACAAGGAAUUUUAACUAUGGCAGGUCGAACACCAACAACAGAAAAUAUUGACAAUAAACUAGCUUUACACUAUUAUGGUCGAAUUUUAUUCGUACAAGAACUUCUUCCAUUACUUCGAUCGUCACAAAAUCAUAGUAAAGUUCUAUUCGUAUUAGACAGUGUCAAUGGAAAUCCAUCUAAAAUCAAUUGGAAUGAUAUGGCACUAGAAAAUUCAUAUUCUCUUGCUUCAGCUGCUAAUCAUGCAAUAUCAUUUACUGAUCAUGCUAUACAAUAUCUUGCGUCACAACCAGAAAAUACAAAUAUAACAUUUACUCAUGCAUUUCCUGGAGUUGUUCGUACAUCACUUGUCGAUAAUUUACCAUUUUGGGCUCGAAUACCAGUAAAAUGUUCGUUAGCCCUUGGUUUAGGAGUUACUCCAGAAGAUUGUGCUGAACUAAUGAUAUAUGGAAUGCUUGGAACAGAGAAAGGCUAUAGAUAUGUCAAUGACAAAGGAGAAACAGUAACGAAUAAGAGACCAAUACAAGAAGAGAUGGUAGCAAAAGUUUGGGAACAUACAUCUCAAAUGAUUUCUUCACGUUAA